ACGAGUGGGUGAGUUGUGUUUCUGUUGAAAUCUAGGCUAGAGAGAGCUAACGGGUGGUUGACAGGAAUGUGUAUGUAUUGCCCGAAAAUGAGAGCGGGUUAGGAUGGGGUGUAGGAAGCUAGAGGCUGGAAAAUGAGGAAGAUCUUGUAAGGAAGUGAGAGGCAGAACUGGUUUCCCAAAAACGCAUUGUCUGUUGCCAGCUGCUGUAUUUGUCCAUUUCGUAUCGGUGUUUCUAGUGAGAACCUGCGAGUAAUUCAUUGGGCUCUUUAACAAGUUGCAGUUGUUGCUGAUAAAAUUAAGGCUGACAGUACCCAAGAUGGCUUCAAACCCUCCGGGACAAGGCUUUCAGAAUAAAAACAGGGUUGCAAUCUUGGCUGAGCUAGACAAGGAGAAGAGAAAGCUACUGAUGCAAAACCAGUCUUCCACCACUCACCCUGGAGCCAGAGUUCUGCAGCCACUCUACCAAACAUAUGAACUCCCCAUCAUGAAGACUAUGGACCCCUGCAUCUCGCUCACUAGAUCCUCCCUUAAUAAGGAUUUUCGUGAUCAUGCUGAGCAACAGCACAUUGCAGCACAGCAGAAGGCUGCCUUGCAGCAUGCUCAUGCGCAUUCUUCAGGAUACUUCAUCACCCAGGACUCUGCAUUUGGAAAUCUUAUUCUUCCUGUAUUGCCACGGCUUGAUGUAGAGUGAGAAGUUGAUUUAGCAUCCUUAGAAUGAGGCCACUGAGACGUAUCCGGUGCUGCUGCUGUUCCCCUUCCCAGGUCGUCAAUAGUGAUUUGUGAAAAUAAUCAAGGACUCAGAACUGGAGAGACCUUUCUUCUCUUUUUUGAGCCAAUUUGAAGAGGAGGGGGAGAGACAUUAAACUGUUUUGAGUUCUGAACUGCCUCAUGGUCUGAAAAUUGGAGGACACUGAUAACAUGCUUGAAUUUUCUGUCUUGGUUCUUCCUUCUUGCUCAUUCUUUCACCUGAAUGUACCAUAUGUCCAAUAAGCAUAACAUAAGUAAAAACACUUACCACUAACACAGCAUAAAAGUCUUCCUAGUAAA